UGCAAUCAUAAUAAACAGAACAGAAACACUGUGCUGCUUUAUGUUCCUGCAGACUGCAAACUGUCAGAGACUCAGGAGAAAGACAUUCACAAAUAUCCAGGAGAGUCUGUUCUCCUGCCCUGCUCCUGCUCUGACCAACGCACCAUACCUGUAAGUGUGAAAUGGGAGCAUGUAGACUCAGGAGGGACUGAGGUAUCCAAUAAGAUGGCAAACUACACAGGCAGAGUCCAGAUGUUUAAUAAGAACCUUCCAGCAAAUCUCUCUCUGCUGAUAUCCAACCUGACUGAACAAGACCAGGGAACAUACAGAUGUUCAAUCAACAACAAACAGUCCAUCAACAUCAGACUCAGCAUUAAAGGCUGCACACUGUCAGAGACUCAGGGGAAACUGGUUUUCAGAUCUCCAGGACAGUCUGUUCUCCUGCCCUGCUCCUGCACUGACCAACGCACAAAACCUGUAAGUGUGAAAUGGGAGCAUGUAGGCUCAUGUGGGACUGAGGUAUCCAAUGAGACGCCACGAUACACAGGCAGAGUCCAGAUGUUUAAUAAGAACCUUCCAGCAAAUCUCUCUCUACUGAUCUCCAACCUGACUGAACAAGACCAGGGAACAUACAGAUGUUCAAUCAACAACAAAGAGUCCAUCAACAUCAGACUCACCAUUACAGCAGAGAAGAGAGAAAUCUCAGAUUCCUCAGGUUCGCUCAUCCCUUGGAGUGUCUGUGUGGCUCUGCUGUUUAUAGUGACAGCACUGAUCUACAAACUGCUCCACAAUAGGACACAAGGGUCUGCCUCUACCACCACUGAGAGAGGAACACAGAACAUAGCUGAUGAUGAUUAUGAAAAUGAUCCUUCUGGAGCCCGGAACAAGAUCAGGAUGGCUGCAGUUCAUGCCCUUUCAUUCCUGUCCUUGGUUCAGUCCUUUGCUCCAUGA